AGCGGCCGAGAAACGCCUCAUUGUGUCGUUUUGACCCGGUCUGGACGCACCUCGCGCGGCUCCCUCUGUCUCCGCGAGCUCCUCUUGUUGGAUUUACACUCUAAACUCUCGGCGCUGCCUGGGAGAUCAUUUUUCCUGCCGGGUUGGUUUUAUUUUGGAAAUAUUAAGUGAAGCAGUUUGUGGAUUAAUGUUCCGGGGGUCCGGCUCCCUGCUGCUCUUUGCGGUUCUGUGAGGAUGUGGAGGCGCAAAGCUAUUUUAUAAACACUCAAGCUAAAUGGGAUUGAAACUUCCUUUGGAGUUUGGACUAAUCCUCCCCCUCCCCCUCUUCCUGUACCUGGAUUUGGACUUUCCUUGCUUUCUGUCUGGCUCUGCUGGGAUGCUGCUUACAUUUGGACAGUCCUGAAAUCUAGGACAUCUGAGGGGGUCGCCCCCCACCACCGGAAUCCUUACAACCCACCCCCGCCUGACCAGAAGCUCCAUUUGUUGGAUGCUGCAGAUUUUCAGAUUCUGAUAUUCAUCAUGACCUGCUGACGUCACCGCCUCACCUCGCUCCAAAGGUUUCCUUCAAAAUGGCUUUGACCAACUGGCUGUGGCGGCCAUUGUUGUUGCUGUGGAUGCUCAUCCUCACUUCCUGUUUGGCGGAGUCAGCCUCAACAGCCUUUCCCAAAGACUUGGAGCCGCUCAAUGUGGUCAGCUCGGAGCAGUCGUACCAGUAUCCAGGUUUUCAGGGUUUGAUCCAGGACAACGACACGUUACGUCUGGGUCUGGAUUUUCAGAGAAUGCUACGGAUCAAUCACAUGCUGUACAUUGCUGCGAGGGAUCAUGUGUUUGCUGUGAACCUGACGACAGCUUCAGAGGAGUUUGUCCCGCAGCUGAAGCUGACAUGGAAGUCCAAAGACGUCAGCAAGUGUACGGUCAGGGGGAAGAACAGCGACGAGUGCUACAACUACAUCAAAGUUCUGGUGCCCCGAAACGAUGAGACCCUGUUUGCCUGUGGAACCAACGCCUUCAAUCCAACCUGUCGAAACUACAAGAUGAACUCUUUGGAGCUGGUUGGGGAGGAGGUGGUCGGUCAGGCUCGUUGUCCUUUUGAGUCGAGUCAGUCCAACGUUGGGCUGUUUGCAGGGGGUGAUUUCUAUUCGGCCACCAUGACAGAUUUUCUAGCCAGCGACGCAGUCAUCUACAGAAGCCUCGGCGAGGGCCGGCCCGUUCUCAGAACCGUCAAAUAUGACUCCAAGUGGCUCCGAGAGCCUCACUUCUUGCACGCCAUAGACUACGGUAACUACGUCUACUUUUUCCUAAGUGAGAUCGCAGUGGAAUACACAGCCCUGGGCAAGGUGGUGUUUUCUCGAGUUGCUCGGGUCUGUAAGAAUGAUAACGGAGGCUCUCCCAGAGUGCUGGACAGAUACUGGACAUCCUUUUUAAAGGCACGGUUGAACUGUUCUGUUCCCGGAGACUCCUUCUUCUACUUUGAUGUUCUUCAGUCUCUUACCAAUGUGCUGCAGAUCAACCAGAGACCUGCUGUUAUUGGAGUCUUCACCACUCAGGCUAACAGUAUCCCAGGCUCAGCAGUUUGUGCGUUCUACAUGGACGACAUUGAAAAAGUCUUCAAUGGAAAGUUCAAAGAGCAGAGAAACAGCGACUCGUCUUGGACGCCAGUAGCAGACGAGAACGUCCCCAGACCGAGGCCCGGUACAUGUGCAGGUGAUGGACCAGCCUCAGAUUACAAAUCCUCGGUACAAUUCCCAGACGAGAUGCUGACCUUCAUUAAAUCAUAUCCUCUGAUGGAUGAAGCGGUCCCCUCCGUAAAUGACCGGCCCUGCUUCACUCGCACAUCCAGCAGGUCUAAGCUGACCCAGAUCGUGGUGGAUGUUUCAGCCGGCCCCCAUAAGGACUGGACGGUGAUGUUCCUCGGUUCAGAUGAUGGACGAGUUCUGAAAGUUUUGGCCAGCACACAUCCGAAUGACAGCUUCGGGUCCAAACUGCUGGAGGACAUUGACGUCUACAACCCAUCAAAGUGUAACGUUCAGGGUCAGGAGGACAGGACCGUUCUGGGACUGGAGCUGGAUAAAGAUCAUCAUGCUUUGUUUGUAGCGUUCACUGGCUGCGUCAUUAGGGUACCGCUGAGCCGCUGCACUCAACACGGAGCCUGCAAAAAAGCCUGCCUGGCCUCUCGUGACCCUUACUGCAUCUGGCUUCGUACUGGGAGUUGUGCUAACAUGGCGCCCGGGUUCAAGGCGGGGUUUGAGCAGGACAUCGAGGGAGACCACUCGUUUUACUCCAACUGUCAUGCUGAUGUGCUGGCGACAACACGGAACCAGGAGUCUGCAGCGGACUCUGCCUACGGUGUCCGUCGUCUUCCUGAGAUCGAGCAGCGCACCAGUGCUAACGUCCACUACACCCUACUGAUUGCCUGCGUGUUGGUGGCGUUCUUCCUGGGGGCUAUGCUGUCGGGCUUCCUGGUGUCGUGUUACUGCAGCCGCAGCGCCGCUCACCGGGCCAGGAGGCUGGGGAAAGACCCCGAGGCUUCCCUGCCACAUGCUCUGUCGCUGAGAUCCCUCGCCAAGCUGAACGGGCUGCUGGAAGGACAUUCUAAGGAUGACAAACUGGAUGUGUCAACACCUAAAAUGUACAGCUCCUUCAUCCCCAACGGGUGUGCCGAGCCACACCUCCACACCCCCGGCCAUCAGGGCCUGCAGCUGGGAGACCCCGACCUCAACCUGUCACAGUCUCUGUCUCAGGGUGAUGGAGAGCUUUCUGGUCUUCCUACACCCGACUCCACCCCGGAGCUCCCCAUAAAGAGCAUGAGGGCUCUGCGGCAUCAUCAGUACGAGAAGAACCAGAACUGCAACAACGCCAAGGACAAGUCAGGACCAUGCUGCUCAUCCAGUCAGAGUUUCAUGGCUGUUGUUGGGAACUCUCUGAGUCAGCAGGGGUUUCCCUUUUCUCAUCAAAACGGCAAUGGUCUGAGCAACGGUGCGGCCCACGGAGCGGGCGCCUCCUCCACCUCACUGCACAUCCCCGAGGAGAGGAAGGUUUUGAACGAUGAGCGAGCAAUGACUGCGUCGGGAAGAGUAAGUGGUGUCCCGCAUCACCACCACUCCCAGCAGUCCCUCCCUCAGACGGUGGUGGAUGUCUCUGCUCUGGACGAGCUGCUUAAGCACAUCCAUGAAGUCAGCGCGUCGGGAACCGGAGGCAUCAAGGUCCUCACGUCCUCGUCCUCGCUGUUCCCUGUGCCGUCGGCUUCUGCAGGACAUCAUCAUAAUCAUCACCACCAUCCUAACAAUCAGCACAGCCAGACCCGCGCACACCACUACAACCACAGCCAUCACCAUAGCAACCACCACAACAACAGCAGCAGCAGCAGUCACCAUCACCAGCAACCCAUCCCGGAGACCGAAUCAACUUCGUAUUACAGCACCUCCACGCUGCCGAGGGACGGUCACCCCAAACACCUGGAUGCAGCACCACAGAACUCCACCUCCUCCUCUUCCUCCUCCUCUUCCUCCAACCACCCCACCUCCUCCACUUCUGUCCAUUCUUCAUCCUCUUCUUCUUCCUCCACUCCCCUUCAGCAGCAGGUGAUCCCUGAGCGACCCGAUGGCGGCAGCGUCUCGGUGACUCGGCACCAAUCUCAGCGCCACUCCCUCAUCAAGAUGGGUGCAGCGGGCGGCGCCGUUCCCCGCCAUCACAGCUUCAACCAGCGGGGGGGACACACACACUUUUUGGCCAGGAUGAACACCAACAGCAGCAGCAAUGGCCCCCCCAGCACCAUGGCAACAGCUAACACGAACAGCAGCAACAACAACGGGAGCCGGCGAGGGUCGAGCCCCAGUGCCUGCCUGACGCGGCAGCACAGCUACAGCGAAGGGCCGCACGUGCAGCGGGCGGCGGUGGUCCGGAGAACUGUGUCCCUAAAACCACAAGUCCCACCUAAACCACUCUUUCUGCCAAACACAGCAACGUCCUCAGUGACGGGCACAGGGAAGUACUACUAAGACUGUAGGAGGAAGAUGUGCCAUCAAGGCAUGGCUGCAGCAGUCUAAACAGGAACUCCAAACGGUCCGCUGGGCCGGUGCAAAACCAUAACACGUAAGCACCGAUGAGCCAAAAAGACAAGAGAAUCUGUUCUCAUGGACGCUCAACAAGCCACUGAGAGAACGUUGCUUCUCGAUGGCGCGGCCGCCACAGACCCAAACCUGUUCCUCUGCAGAACAGGAUUCCUUAGACGCUCCCCACACAACAAACUAUGGGUUGAAUCCAACUCAGACGCAAAAUAUCCGAGAAACAUUCCAAAAGCAGAGGAGCAAAGAUGCUGAUGAUCUCAAAGGAGUCCCCCAAGGCCCGAGGUGGCCUGGAAAAUUCUUCAUUAAUGCAGUUUUCUUUGAGUGCUUUGAUCUAACGUCCCUAGUCGUUGCACCUUGGAGCGGGGCCUGGAUUUCACUUGCAAAUAUUUAAUGAGCAGGGAAUUGGACAAAAGUAGACCUGGCAUGCAGUGAGUGUGGGACUGCAGCGUUGCACUGAUGACACAGAACGCCGCAAAAGUCAGAAAGAAACAAACUCUGAUGGUAGGAAGUUCAUUUGUUCCCGGAUCUGGUCUAGAAAAACGGAAAUUUCCAGAAAACAAGUUAUUGUGUUCACGAUCAAGGCUUUAAGGUAGUUUGUGCAGAUUCACGCAUCAGAAGAAAAGGACAUUUAUGCUGCCUGAGCGAAGAGAUUACAGCCAAAUCGUCCAAGCCCAGCAGCCACAGAGAUGCAGGUUAGUAUUUACCCCGACGCAAACUCGAAGCAAGAGUAAAAUACAUGAAUGAGCGUAGCAGAUGAUCCCGGAAACAUUUCUAUUCCCCACUCGUCUCAAAAGCCCAAUUCACACUUUUAUUAAACUGAACGCCUCAAUUCUGAUCAUUUCUAAAUUCUAAUCACCUGUAAAUUACUUAAUUUGUUCUCUAGCUUCAAAUGCAUUUAGCUGUACUUAUGAACAGCAUGAUGUCUGUGCAAUUUAUAGAAAACACUCAGAGUGAAAGAUGCAGUGUUAAAUGCUUCAAGGCGUCUUAAGGAGUUAUAUUUUCUCAUCUGCGCUCAGCGGAAAUUAAUAUAAUUGAAAAAAGGGACCCAAAUUAGUCCAAACUUACCUUUAUCUCUGUGGUUUCCAAACUGGGUGUUUAGGUCUGCUGUCCAGCAUCUAAUUAGCACUGAAUUAAAUCAGCGGGAUGGAAAUAUAAUAAGUUGUACAUUUGUUUGGAGACCCAGAGGCAAGUGCUCUGAAAUCUAGUCUGUUUAAACGACCCGACUGCGAUGCUUGGAGGAGUUUGAUUUGGUUGUAUAUUGUUUUAAAAUCCAUCUUUAGGGGGAAAUAAAUGUCUGCACCAACUGAUGUUGCCUUUCUGAUGCUCAAAAUGACCUGCAUGACAACUUGUAUACAUUCAACGCAAAAUGAUUUAUUCAAAUAUAGGAUCAGUGUUCUCUCAAAUUAAAUAUAUCAGAAGUC